GUUCUCAAUCAGCGGUUCUGCUUGCUGCCUGUAUGGGGCCAUUCAAGGAAGCAUCGUCGGGAGUCUACGAAAUGAACGAUGACCCCUUGCCAAUGGUGAAAAACUUGGUGGAUUAUCUUUACACUCUUGACUACAACGAAAACCUGCGAACCCUAAAUCAAGAAUGCCCCUCGCCUAUUUCUGGACUCCAGGUUCAUGCUAGAAUGUUCGCGCUGGCAGAUAAAUAUGACAUCAAGGCACUGCAGGUGCUCUCAUCUGAGAAAUACUCAAACAUGCUCGAAAGCUCUUCCAUCGGUUCAGAAUUCCUAGGGUCUAUUCCAGAUGUUUAUACCCUGACACCACCGUCAGUAAAAGCUCUCAGAGAUAAGGUGGCCCGUUUUGCCAGAAUCAACCUUGAAAAUUAUCUCCAGGAUCCAUCUAGCCGAGAAGUCUACAAAAGAAUUGCGAUUGACGUGCCUGAUUUUCUACAAGACUUGCUUGACCUAUACAUAAUGAAUCCUUUGACAGGAUUUUGCUACCGCUGUAACCCCCUUUCAACCAUGCAAGCUUUACAGACCCCUUGUCAUAAAUGUGGUUUAUCAGGUAUCUGUUAUGACAGCGAGUAAAGCGUAUGUGCUGCGAUGUUAGUUCCAUGGGCUAUGCUCCGCUUAUCUCGAGAUCGUUUUCAUUGUUCCGUGCGUACGGCAGUCGACGGCGACUCACUUGGGGUUUGAGUUAUCAAGGUAUCAUUGAACGAGAAAUACGAUUUGCUUGUUGGGUGAAGUACUCGU